AUGAACAGGAACAGAACCAGCUCUAUCCCACAGCCCGGCCUAGCAAGAUCACCACCACGGCCGGUCUACAACGACUCGUUUAACCAGCCCGACGAGCCUUUUGAGUGCGACCUCUCUGCUAUCUAUCCCCAGAAUGACGAUGACCUGUCUAUAUCGGACACCGAGGACUACCAGGACGACUCUAUGUGCUCUUCAUCCUUCCAGGAGACCACCGGCCAUCAUGACGCCUAUCGCCAACCCACACACGCCCACACUCACACCCAUACCAACACCAGCAGUAGCCAUAAUCACAGCCAGCCUCAAAAUCAUCCUCAGGACGCCCUUCACUCCAGAUAUCUCGAAGUCGAGUCGGCAUCAUGGACAGGCGCACAUCAGGACGAAGAGGUCCCAGAAGGUGGUGACUUUGAAGACGAAGAAGAAGAAGAAGAAGAGGACGACCAGUUCUUGGGCGGUGGUCGCGCAAGACUCUCAACGAUUGCCGAGCUCUCCGAACUGCCAUCUAUCAACCUCAACCACAAUCAUCACAACAACCUUCGCUCACAUUAUAACCACAACAAUCCACACCGGACACCCUCAGCUCUCGCUACCACCCACAACACCUCCUCUUCCAACAACAACAACAACACGACAGCAACAGGUGCAGCUUCUAACUCUCGCCGCCUCGAACCAGCACAAUCCGGUCAUCUGGUAAUAUCAAGAGACCUAGUUCUUGAGGACUUGUUUGUUGAAGGUCAAGAGGAGGCAGAGAAUGCCGAGGAAGAGGUUCGUCAGCAACUCAUGGCUAACCUUAAGCCAACCGACAUUCUUGGCCCUCUCCACGAAACUCGCGACUUCCAGCUCUCAUCUCUCACUGGCCCUGGCCGACAGUGGGAACGACAGGAUCAGCAUGUUCCCCAGGAUGAAGAAGAGCACCCAGACGACCAGGAUAUGGAAGACGAUGACGAGGACAAGAACUCGCAGCACGACAGCUUUGUCCGUGAGGACGGCGAGUCCGACCUGUCAUCGACCGCCUUGGCACUCAAACGUGAGUACGAGGCCCUCUUUGGGUCCAAGGGAGCUGUUGACAGCGAACGCUCCGGUAGCGAUGCCAAUGGACUCUUAGGUUACGACAACUCGGACGACCUCUACCCCCGCGGCGACGAUGAUGAAGAUGACGAUGACGACUUUUUCGGCGAUGAGGAUGACGAGGAUGACGAGGCCGAGGAAGAGUUCUAUGCCAUGCUCGACCUCAACGGCGGUGUUGGUAACAUGAUCCUCGGAAACAACAUCCCACGGAAGCCACGCGCGCUAGCUCCUCCUCCCGGCUCUCGACUGCCCGUCCCUGGAUCGGCUAACAAAGAAAAAGUACCCUUGGCUCUUCAGUCCAAGAUCGUCAGUCGUGUCCCUGUAGUACGGAGUCCUUUGUCCUCUGCUUCAGCAUCACCAUCACCAUCCCCAGCGCCUUCUUCCCCAGCUCCUGUUCAGUCUGUCUCACGCAUCGUCCCACCCUCAACUGGACUCCGCCCACCCCAGGUUGCUGCCAAACGUGGACCCGAGUCAAUGUCCAGUUUGCCCACCCCUUCUACUUCAGCAACUACCCCAAAACCUACAACCCAGUCAACACAACAACCUUCAAAUACAACUGUCAGCAUUCUGGACGGUCUUUGGAAGGAGCAAGAGUACGACUCGCAACCGGAGGAGAGCCCUGGCGCCAUAUUUGCUGCCAAGGUCGCUAAGGAGUUGAUGAAGGAGAAGCAGGAAAGUCUAUUGGCUGCUCAGGCCGCUCCUCGCACUUCGCUGCUCAAACCUCGACUGAAGCUCCCCUCUGCGAGGAGCACUGUCGUCAUGCCUGAAGGCGAUGUUGAGCGACUGACCAACAUGCUCAAGAUCGAGGAGGCGCCUGCCGCCGCCAGAACUCCCACCACGACAUCCGUAACACAUCAGCAGUCGAUGCUCGUCGCCCCAACGCCAGUCUCCAAGCUGGUCCGACCAUCGAUUGUUCCUCCCAGAGUUCGUAGUGUGGCCAGCCCUAUUCCACCCAGAAGCUUGACCGCUUCUCCUGUGAGAGCUCCAUCCAAGUCGCCUAUUCCCCCUAGUUCCUCGGGAAGCUCGCCUCGCUCAGUGGCAACCUAUACCAAGUCAAGAGCUGAGGCGCCAGCGUCGGGACAAAGAUCAGGAACAGUGACACCGAAGAAUCCUAGCAAGGCUGCUAGCUUUGUCAAGGAGGCUUCGAUGGAUGAGUCUGUGGAGCAGCAGGAAAGGCCACAGGAGCUCGCUCGUCGUCAGUCUGCUGAGCGCAAGCGCCAUCUUCAACGAGAGCUGGAGCUCAUUGAGGCAGAGGAAGCAGAGGAAGCAGCUGCUGCUGCUGAGGCAGAGGAGAAGAUUGCUACACCCCGAAAGCUGUCUGUCCGCACCUCCUCGGAGCCGGCUGAAAACAGGAGAUCCAAGGAUUUGCAGCAGUCUCUUCACCGGAGAUCGAGUGAGCGCGAAAGAGAACGUGGAAGUGUCCCUACUUCUCCUCUCUCGCCCUUGUCACCUCUCCGUUCUGGAGGAAUCUCUUCCAAGCGCUCAUCACUCUAUGAUAUGAAUGGCGAGCGCAAGGUUCCUUCAUUGGAAGAGUCUUGUAAGCAGUUGGCCAAGAUCCGGCAGGAUAUUGUUGAGCUUCGGGAGGAGAUCUACCAGGACCAGCCUGGCACCUCCUUCCCUUCGCCCACAUCAGCAGGACCACGUGCUUCCACCGCCGGCAAGCGACCAUCUGGACGGGAUCGGGAUCGUGACCGUGAGACACACUCGAGACACAACUCGUUGGAGAACAAGCCUCAGAAUGGCACUGGUGGUAGGGAGACUCGUCCUCAGCUCAGCAGAAGCGAUUCUCAUAACAGCGCGCCUAGCAGCCCUGAGGUCAAGGUCAGCACGCGCCGACACUUUUUCGGCGACAUCCUCGGAAAGCUGAGCCGCAAUAGCUUGCACGUUUCGACCUCUGGACCUGCACCCAGUUCAGCAUCGACCGGCCAGCAGCAGUCAAAGACCUCGCCUACCUUCCGCAAAAGCCAGGCCUCUGGUUCUCAAUCUUACCCCAUCAAACCCAUGUCGCGGUCUAUGAUCGAUUCCGAGCAACCCGCCACUACUGUCCCCCGCACACCUACAACUGCAUAUCCUGGAGGCCGUUCGUCAACAACUUACCGCCACUCUACACACCAGCCCAUGUCACCUGUGGCGUCGCGGGACAAGCAAAUGGGAUAUGAGGAUCGGUACCACAGUGGUAGCAGUGGUCAAAGCACCGAGUUUUAUGACGAGCCUGCUUACCAUGACCAGUACCACUAUCCCGCCUCUGCUAACAAUAACCCCUACAAGCAGCCCCAGUCUUCCAUGAGUGCCAGUCAUCGCGCUCGUCAGCAACAGCAGCAACAGCAGCGUCAACUCGGAUCCAACCAAACGAGCCACCACUUCCGACAGGCGCAUGAUGGCAGCUUAAUUCUCUCAGAUUCACCACCCUUCACAUCAGCAAUGACUGAUGGCAUGGAGUUUGGCUCCGCCGGAUGCCCAGCCCAGAUCCGCCCCAAGGAGCUCCGGUUCUCGAACAGCGUUGCCGGCGAGAUCCAGUCGACUGUGACGCUUUCGAACCGGUCGAACCGCACGAUGCACUAUGAGAUCUUGCGACCUGCAGGAAUCAGCGUCUCGCCCAGCUUUGGAAUGAUCCAACCGGGGCGUGACCAGAGGCUGACGGUUCACUUGGCCGAGAACCGUGGACCUGGCAGAGUUGUUGUUGAAUUCGACGGCGAGUGGCUUGUUCCUUUUGGCGUCUCCUUCGACUAA